UCCAAGCCUGAAUCGGGGGAUCCUUCAGAAAGCAAGCUUCUCCGUAUCGGGUUGAAAAGAUCUAGUCAGUUCUUCAAUUCGAUCUGCGAUUGGUGUUUCAGGGUUUCAAGAACACAUGGCUUCAAGAACUGUAUCCAAAGACAUCAUCACUCUUCGGGGAUCAGCAGCCAUUGUUAGCGAGUUCUUCGGUAUGCAAUUCGGUUAUUCUCAACCAUUUUCCACUUCUAGGGUUUGUUCUUUCUUCGAAUUUUGCCCAAAUCUUGACUGGGUUUUCUCUGUUAUUGUUGAUCCGUCUCUCAUUUCCAGUUUUGAUUUUGGUUUCUUCUUGGAAUUCCUUUUGGUUAGCAUUUUAUACAAUCGCGGAGUGUAUCCGGAAGAGAGUUUCGCAAAGGUGAAGAAGUAUGGGCUUCCAAUGUUGCUCACUCAAGAUGAAGGUGUCAAAGCCUUCAUUUCCAACUUAACUGCCCAGCUUUCUGAGUGGUUGGAAGCUGGGAAACUACAAAGGACUGUUCUUGUGAUCAUGAGUAAGGCAACUGGUGAGGUGUUGGAGAGGUGGAAUUUCAGCAUUGAGACAGACAGUGAGGUUGUUGAGAAAGGCGUUCCAAGGGAGAAGAGCGACAAAGAAAUCAUGCGCGAAAUUCAGGCCAUCAUGAGACAAAUAGCUUCCAGCAUCACAUAUCUCCCAUGCCUUGAGGAACCAUGUGUGUUCGAUGUGCUGGCCUACACGGAUAUGGACGUUGCAGUGCCGUUCACAUGGGUAGAGAGCGACCCGAAACUCAUAGAAAAUCCACAGAUGGUCAAGUUGCAUUCCUUUGACACCAAGAUACAUAAGGUUGACACUCUGGUGUCUUACAAGAAUGAUGAGUGGGAUGAGGCUUGAAGUGAAAAAAUAACAACAGCCUUUGAGUUUAUGGUCUCAUUUGUUGUUCAUCAUCAAGUCUUGUUUUUGUUUUUCCCUAUUUGUUUCAAAUCAUGUGAAUUAUCAAUUCACAGUUUGCUUGUUUGUACUAUUAAUGUGAGAGGGCCAUUAUCAAUUC